AUGUCCGACUCUAGGCUUCAUCAUGCUGGCUUCAAAUUCACUUCCACGAUUCACAAUGACACUUACGACUACAUCUCGACAAAGUCUCAGAACCUAAAAGGCAAGCGUGUGUUUCUGACUGGCGCCUCUAAGGGCAUCGGCAAGGAGACAGCUCUCUCUUUUGCUCGUGCUGGUGCUUCUAGUAUCGCUCUCGGUGCUCGCAGCUCUCUCUCAGACCUCGCAACUGAGGUGGAGAAGGCAGCUAAGGAAGCCGGCCACCCAGCACCCACGGUCAUCUGCAUCAAGCUGGAUGUAACAGAUGUAUCAAGCACCGAGCAAGCAGCCAAGACUAUAAAGAGCGAGUUCGGUGGUCUGGAUUUCUUGUUCAACAACGCCGGAUAUCUUGAGGAGUUCAAGAAAAUUGGAGAGAGCGACCCUGACGAUUGGUGGAGAACCCAGGAAGUCAACAUCAAGGGGCCUUACCUGGUUGCUCGUGCCUGUAUCCCCGUUCUUCUAGACACCAAGGAUGGAGACAAGACUAUCAUCAACACCAGCUCAAUCGGUGCUCACGUAAUCAUGCCGGGUGCUAGCUCAUACCAAGUCACUAAGCUUGCACUUCUGAGACUGGGCGAAUUUAUCGGAGCAGAAUACCCCGACAUCCUUUGCUAUUCUAUCCAUCCGGGAGGUGUGGUGACCGAGCUGGCUUCACGCAUGCCCACAGAAUCUCGUCAUUUACUCUCUGACCAGCCUGCACUGGCUGCUGAUACUGUUGCUUGGCUUGUCAACGAGAAGAGGGAGUGGCUGGCUGGUAGAUACGUUAGCGUGACCUGGGACAUGAAGGAGUUGCUGGAGAAGAAAGAUGAAAUCAUCAAGAAGGACUUGUUGAAGGUUCGCAUGGCUGUAGACUAG